AUGACUCAUUUCCAUCUUGAGAGAGUAACUUGUAACUAUGAGAAGCACGUCCUGAAGCUGGAUGUGGAAGACUGCUGCAGAUGCUGUCAUGGACCACCCGAAACAGCUCACCACCUCCUCAGUGCCUGCCCCAAACUAGCCCCAAGGGAGUGGUUGUGUAGGCACGGUCAGAUGUGCAAAUAUGUACACUGGUGUGUCUGCAAGCAAGCUGGCCUAGAUGUCCCAGGGAAUUGGUACGAACACCAGCCACAGUCUGUAGUGGAGAACUCCUCCACCAAGGGUAAUCUGCCAGGAGAAGACUGGAGAGCACCAGGGCAUAAGCCUUGUGCUGAACUGCUGGAAAGAAUUUCUGGUCUUGAGUUAAGAAAUCUGCAGUUGGAGCAGAGAUUGAAGAUGGUCCUAGAUGAGCAAGAGAUGCUCGUGACACAUCUGAAGCAGAAGGAUUUGGAGGCUGAGAAACGUCUUCAGGAGAGAACCCUCCGUUUCAAAGUCCAGGCAAGUCCAUUGAUUGACUGAUGCUGUCAUGGACCACCCAAAACGGCUCACCACCUCCUCAGUGCCUGCCCCAAACUAGCCCCAAGGGAGUGGUUGUGCAGGCACGGUCAGAUGUGCAAAUAUGUACACUGGUGUGUCUGCAAGCAAGCUGGCCUAGAUGUCCCAGGGAAUUGGUACGAACACCAGCCACAGUCUGUAGUGGAGAACUCCUCCACCAAGAUGGAAAGGGAGAAGAUGAUGUGGGAAAAAGAGAUGAAGGAGAAGGAAGAGGCAUUGAAAGAUUGCCAGACAUCCCUGGAGCCAUCACUGGAGGAAAAUCGAAGCCUCCUUCAGCAUCUGCGCACUUGCCAGGCUGAGAAUGCAGAACUUCGGGCUCAGAUUGCAUUUGCUGCCGAUCAGAAAGAAGCAGAAGAUAGAUUCAUGCGUGGGCAAAUCAGUCAGCUUCGCAAGAACCUUGAUGCCCUUCAGGCAGAAAAGCGAAACUUGGACAGGGAGCUCGAGAUGAUGCACCGCCGGGCUCAGCGGACAGAGGAGUCCCUGAGGGAAGCUGAAAAGGAUGUCAGAGAGAAGAGACUUGAGCUCUCUCAGCUCCAGGUUCAAUUAGAGACAUUAAAAGAUGAGAAAAAGCGGGCUAAUUUCAAGUCAGAGUUUGAAAUAUCUCGUCUUAAAGCCAAGUAUACAUCCUUGAAAGAGAGCAUGUCUUCUGAUUUGGAAGGCCUUCAGGAAGACCUGGAGAGGAGAGAGGGGAAGAUUGGUGAGCUAGAAGCACUACUGAUUGCACGAGAUGCUGAGAUAGAGUCUCGGAACCAGGAGCUCCUUGCAAAGUGUAAUGAGCUGAGUCUGCACAUUGACUGCCUUGAUCUCCGUGAUCGGCUUCAGAAAUCCCAGGAGUUGGUUAAGCAGAUGGAAAAUAAGAAAGAAGAGCUGGAGAAAGUAAUGGAGGAAAUUGAGAAAUGGAGGAAGAGAGAUGAAGAAUGGAAAGAGGAGAAGGGACGCCUUGUACAACGGAUUUCUGAGUUGGAGGCAUCUCUGACAUCCGCGACUGAAAAUCAUUCACAGGAAACAAAGCAGCUUAGUCAGGCAAGAAGCAUGCCAUUUGAAGCAAGCACACUGAAAGAAGAGGUAAAGAGACUGAAGAAACUACAGAAAAGGUUAAAGGAGCCUGGAUUGGAUAUGGGAUUGGCUCAUCUUCGCCUUCAACUUGGAUCUCUACAACGCCUCGAGGAUCUCUUCAAUUCAGCUUCUGUACCUCAUCGGGGGAAGGAGGAGUUGGAAGCAGAAGUGGAGAAGCUUCAUAACAGACUAGAUACCCUCUUGAGUCUGCAUUCCAAAGAUCCAGUUCCUUGA